AUGGAGCCGGCGGCCGCGGCCGGCGAGGGCGAUCCCCGACCGGGCCCGCCGGGCGGCGGGGCCGCGGCGGGCGGCGAGGGCGCCGCGGGCGCGGAGGCCAUCUCUGGCCCAUCGGCGACGGACAUGGAGGAAGAGGCAGAGGAGGAGCGGGCCUUUGCCGCCGCGCAGAGGUUCGCGGAGCAGCAGAAGGUCGCCGCGGCGGCGCGGCCCGAGGAGCUCCGCGGGGCCAGCUGCGCGAGGUACGGGUGCGGCGCGGGCCUCGGCGACAGCCGCAUCUGCCAGUGCAACCCCGCGUGCCACGAGUCCGAUUCCUGCUGCGCCGACUACACCGCCGUGUGCUGGCAGGACGCGCCGCCACCUCCCGGCGCUCAGGGCCCAGAGGGGCGAGGGGACGAGGAGUUGCUGGCCGUCCGCUGA